AUGGAAGAAAAUUAUGAGAAGUUGAGAAACCAAACCUACGGAACUAACUUGGAUUCUUCCAACAUGCUUUCUCAGCAAUUGACACACCUAUUUUAUACUAACGUGACGUAUCCCUUGAUGGCUCCCUCAGACUCUGACUCUUUGGGACGCCAUUCUCUUAUUCCGAGCUUCCUCUAUUCCUCUUCCUCGCCGGUUCAUUCUCCGAGUGAGAAGCGCAGCAUAGAGAUGUUUUCGCCGUCGUACUACGCUGCUUGUGCCGUUGGAGGAGUGCUCAGCUGUGGCCUCACGCACACCGCCAUGACGCCUCUUGACGUUGUCAAAUGCAACAUACAGGUCUCCUCUACCUCUCUCUAUAUCCACUCUUUUGCUUGCCACGCCAUUGUGUUUUCGCAUAUUCAAUUUUCCAACUGCAACCACGAUUAUAGCAACAGUUUAAAACCAGGUUACCAUUUUCAGAUUGAUCCUGUCAAGUACAAGAACACCAGCACAGGAUUUGGAGUCAUGUUUAAGGAGCAAGGACUGAGGGGCUUUUUCCGCGGUUGGGCGCCUACCCUUCUUGGUUACAGCGCACAGGGUGCCUUCAAAUAUGGAUUAUAUGAGUUCUUCAAGAAGUACUAUUCUGACAUAGCUGGUCCAGAGUAUGCAGCCAAGUACAAGACAUUGAUUUACCUAGUCGGUUCAGCAUCUUCUGAGGUGAUUGCAGAUGUUGCUCUUUGCCCAUUUGAGGCUGUGAAGGUCAGAGUUCAAACUCAGCCUGGCUUUGCUAGAGGCUUACGUGAUGGACUUCCAAAGAUAGUCAGAACUGAAGGAGUCUCAGUGUUGUCGAAGGGAAUUGUGCCUCUAUGGGGAAGACAGGUUCCAUAUACAAUGAUGAAGUUUGCUUCUUACGAGAACAUAGUUGAGAUGAUCUAUAAGCAUGCCAUGCCCAAACCAAAACAUGAAUGCAGCAAUUCCCAGCAAUUAGGUGUGAGCAUUGUCGGUGGAUACAUGGCUGGUAUAUUGUGUGCCAUUGUCUCUCAUCCCGCUGAUAACCUUGUCUCUUUCCUUAACAAUUCCAAAGGGGCAACCGUUGAUGAAGCUGUAAAGAAGCUUGGAUUAUGGGGUAUGUUUACACGUGGUCUACCUCUUCGUAUUCUUAUGAUUGGAACUCUAACAGGAGCACAAUGGGGAAUAUAUGAUUCAUUCAAAGUUUUUGUGGGGCUGCCAACCACUGGUGGUGUUGCUCCUGCUCUUCCUACUCCUGCUGCUUAG